AUGGCACUAGUCGAGUACUCCUCGGACUCGGAUGCUGCUGAACCAGACAGCACAAAGGAGCAUCCCGAGGCCGCACAUGCUGCCAAACGGAAAGUAGCAGGUCCGGAUGGCUCGACAGACCCCAAGAGGCCUCGCCCGUCGUCCGGCAAUGGACCCCUGACCAGAGCCCAAGGGCGUUGCUCCUCGCAGGGAUCCACGCCGAGCAAGCUCCCACCGCUCCCCGCGGCGUUUCACGACCUCUACGCCUCCACGGUGCGCACCAGCACCGUCGACGCCCCCAGUCUCCACCAGGGCCGCAGCCGGCAGAUCCCCCACGUGGCGGGCAACUGGCCAAGCCACAUCUACAUCGAGUGGUUCCCACAGCCGAGUGAAUAUGAGCUUCUGCAGCGCCUCGUAGAAUCCCUGCGGCUCGAGCUCGGAGGCGAGGGCGGGGAGCUUCACACGUUUCUGACCAGUGACCUGGGGGCGCCUCUCCCGCUGCAUAUCAGCCUCUCCCGUCCCUUUGUCCUCAAGACUCAGGAGAAGGAUGGGUUCCUCGACGAACUUGUCGAGUCCGUCCGAGCAGCCCAUGUAAAGCCGCUGGACCUCGACAUCGUCUCGCUGGCGUGGCAUCGCAGUCCAGAUUCGAACCGCUCCUUUCUGGUUCUGCGCGUCAAGACACGGAAGGAAUUAUCCUCCCUACUGGCACGAUCCAACAACCUGGUCGCUGCAUACGGCCAACCCCGCUUGUAUGCCUCCCCAGAUGGAAGGGCGGAGGAAGGUGAUGCUUUCCACGUCUCGAUCGCGUGGUCUUUCGCAGGACCCGGCACGGUAGAAGCGCAGACGGCCAAAGUCUUUGAGAGCUCAGAGUUUAAGAAGCCAGUCACCAGCAUCAAAGUCGGUCUGAAUGCUGUCAAAGUGAAGAUCGGAAAUAUCAUCACCAGUGUAGAACUAGACGAGACAAGGUCCGGCAAGAAGCGCAAAGGGUCACUUUUCGGGCUUUAG